GAUAUCGAGGAGGUCAUUAAUCUCUGCCCAGAAUCAUUGGCGGUUCUGUCUUCACUGCACUCGGGCAGGUAUGUCGUCUACAUGCGGCUGUAGGAAAUAUAUUUGUCUCGUUACCGGAUUCUACACGACCCUGCUGAUUUGUUACUUGCUAUAGAGAACUUCAGACUCGCAUCAAGACAUCCUACUCAAAAUUUUCCUUGGUAUAUCGGCAAGUCUAUUGACUGGGCUCACCAAGCCGAAGCCUAUCAUCAUGAAUUUGCCCUCGAAGCAUAUCAAAUGUGCUUUUAGCUUUUCGACGGCCAUGUGAUGACGCGGUCGUCGAUUAGCUCACGGCACGAGGCUGCAAGCGCCUUUCGCGGUGCACAAUCACUUCCUGUAGAUGCAGCCUCAUGUCCCAUACAUAUUGAACUUGUGGAGCAGGACCGUGGCCAGCAGUGGUCGCUGGCCUCUCGACUCAGGACUCCACUGGGAGACUUGAAGUCUACAAGUCCACAACUAGCUUAA